AUGGCAGGAGGUGCUGUACCCCAAACGACCGCUGGGACGUCCUCUAACAAGGGUGUCUUCCAUAAACACAAUCUCCGUGCCACGCUAUUUUGUACUAUACGAUGGGAUUGCCAUAGGACAUACUUCACUGGAAUUCUAGCGAUGAAUAAAUUCAAGCUUGAUUUUGGAUCGCGCCAACCGGAUGGAUCAUAUACGAUAUCGUCUGCUUAUCAGUCGCUCUUUGCUUCUAUAGUGCAGGUUGGUGAAGUUAUAGGAUCUUUGUCGGCCGGAUUUAUUGGUGAUCGUCGGGGGCGCAAGGGUGCUAUGGUCGCUUGUGUUAUCCUGGUCACUUUCGGCGCAGUUCUGCAGCUCAUCCUCACUGGAUCCAUUGCCCUCCUUGUGGUGGGACGCGCCAUUUUGGGUAUCGGUGUCGGUAUAGUGUCGAAUUGUACGACCUUGUAUCUCGCAGAGAUCCCUCCUGCUGUGAUUCGGGGAACUAUGGUAUCAUCCUGGCAGUUGUUUUUGGCCAUCGGUCAAGUCAUCGGAGCUGGUGUUGCACAAGGAACGAAGGAUUAUACAACGUCGUUCUCGUAUAGAUUCCCCAUUGCUUUGAAUAUCUUGAUUUGCUUGAUCAUCACUGGCGGUCUGUUCUUCGUUCCCGAGUCUCCGAGGUGGCUGCUCUCUAAAGAUCGCGAGGAGGACGCGUACAAGGCGCUGUUGCGGGUACACAAGGGCAACGAUGAAAUCGACAUCCGAGCUGAGAUGAAAGUUAUUCUUGACGCUAAGCAGGCCGAGGCUGAGGAGAGCGGCUCAAUCAAAAAGAGGAAGUUUCUUGGCGCGUUUGGUAUACUUGUGUGUCAGCAGAUCGGCGGUGUCCAGUUCAUGCAGUUCUUGGUUACUAUGAUAACCGAUAUUGUUGAAGUCUUUGGCGUACUCUGCUCCUUCAUGGUUGUCAAUCGUAUAGGAAGAAGACCACUUCUUUUGUCUACCACCGUUCUGAUGGCUAUAGUCCUCCUCAUCUGUGGUGGUCUUGGUACGAUCCCAGCAGAAUCCCGGUCCAAGCCCGUCAAUUCGGCCAUAGCCUCUAUGAUCAUCAUCUACGUCUUUAUCUUCAAUUUGGCAUGGGGACCCCUCGCGUGGGUGGUCGCAACUGAAUUGGCCGCAGGAAAGAACCGUACGAAGAUCAUGGGUAUCUCCACAGCUGCCUUUUGGGUUUCUGCCUGGGCGGUUACUUUCACACUGCCAUAUUUGUAUAAUUCAGAGCCUGGCUCGGCAGGUCUAGGACCUAUGGUUGGAUUUAUCUAUGGUGGUGGCACUAUCAUCGCCUUUAUCUUUGUAUAUUUCUACAUCCCAGAGACGCUCGGCCGGUCAUUGGAGGAGAUCAACAUGAUGAUGGAACUCCGUGUUCCUACAAGAGCUUGGUCUCAGUACCAGGCCGGUGUUUUGGACAAACAUGGACGUCCCGUUCCCCUGGAGCAGUAUGUUGCCGAGUCGAAGUCUUCUGGAACCGGUACCAUGGUAAAAGCCAACUUUGUUGGUCCAACAGAACGGGUUUCUGGAGAUGAUGCACGGAUAUGGGCAAUUCACGGGUCCAACGCAGUGGUGACAGUUACUUUGGCCCAACUAGAGGGAAACCACAACAUUGGUGCGACGCAUCGGUACCGCAUUGAGAAAGGUCACCGUUGUUGGAACAACCGCCAUCAAUUACCCUCCUCAAACUGUUGA